AUGGGUUCAAUCAAUUUGCAAACAGCUUCAGAAUUUGAAAUGUCAAAGAUCUUAGAUGAACGUACUAUAACUGAUGUUAUAGGAAUAAGAAAACGAUAUGAGUUAAAUGCAAAUAUACUGGGUAAAUGUACAGAUGUAUCAGAGAAACAAUGGAAAAAAUGGGAAGACAAUGGAGUAGUGUCUUUUGGGGGUGCUACUAGUUUAGAUUCCGAUGUGUUCUAUGGCAUGAGAGAUCAAGAUACUAGCAUGAGAGAGAUGAGUGUUAAGUUAGAGAAACAGGAAGAGCAGUUGCAGUUAGAGAGAGAGAAAAGAAAGAAAGCAGAGUUUGCUUUAGAACAAGAAACACAGCAGAAAAAAUGGUUAAGUGCUAUGCCACCAGAUAGCAUUUACACAAGAAAACACUCUGACAAUAAACAAUCAGACACAAAACAAAACAGAAAAAGCAAAAAUCAAGAUAGCAAAGACAAACAUAUUCAUUCAAGAUCAAGCAUGUUUGACAGCACACAUGAUGACAACACAAGAGGUAGAAAGCAUCACAGAAAACCAAGAUAUCAGUCUUCUUCUUCCUCCUCAUCUUCACGAUCCUCCUCUUCUUCUUCCUCUAGUAGUGACUCUGACUAUGACAGACGCCAUCACAGACGCAGACACAGACAAAAAAGUCGCAGUCCAACAUCAAAAUUACACACAUUUAGUGGUGACGGAAAGAUCAGCUGGGACACAUUCAUCACACAAUUUGAAAAGGUAGCUGACAGACAUGAUUGGGGAAAAAAGAAACGUACUGACAAAUUGUUCACUAGUUUAGAGGGGGAAGCCUUAGAAUAUGUCUGUAAACUUGAUCUAGACAGCUAUAGAAAGAUUAAAAAGGAAAUGAGUAGGAGGUUCAAUACUAAAGAAAACCCAAUCUCAGCUAGACGCAAGCUGCAGUACAUGAGACAACAUGAGGAGGAAUCACUUCAACAAUUUGCACAAAGAGUUCACUUCAUCACCAUCGAUGGCUACAAAGAAUCGGGAAAAAGAGCAGUAAAUCAAAUCUCAACAGAAAACUUUCUUAGAGGAUGCAGAGAUAAAGAAGCUGCCAGGACUGUGAUGGAAAAGAAUCCAAAGGACAUCCAUGAAGCUCUAGAUCUCAUGAGAACAUCUAUCGCAAAUCAACAAGCAGUUUAUGGAUCUAGUAAGCCCUAUUAUCACAGACAAGUCUCUUUUGAAUCAUCACCAGUACAACAAGCAAAAAAGUUGGAACAAAUGGAAGACAAAAUUUCAAAACUCACAGACAUGGUCUUCAGCAUUAAACAAACAUUGGAUGACAAAUUAUCAAAUACUGGGGUUUCAAGAACUACACAAGGGUUCGAAUCUAGGUCAAGGUCAAACAGUCCUAUAAAUUACGGUCGACCCUUCAGAUCAAACAGUCCUAUAAAUUACAGUCAACCCUUCAGAUCUAACAGUCCCUUCAAAAACACUCAGAAUUCAACAAUGCAAAACAAGUCAUUUCAAACAUCUAGAUCUCCAUCUCCAUUCAAAUACAGAACACCAAGUCCAUACAGAUCUACUCCAACAAAACCACAUUCCUCUACCAACUCCCCAAACUCUUCAGAAAAUUUAAACGCCAAGUAA